UGUCACAUAUGCUUCAGCGAAACACAACAUAUUUUAUCUGCAGAAAAAAUGAUCAAAGCUCUGUCCUGUAAUCCUGACAUCACAACGUGUAAUUUAAUCUUAAUCCAGUCCAGCAGCACCGCGUUUAUCUGCUGCCUGCCGGCGUUUAAUCAAGAUGUGUUUCUGUUCCCGGGGAGAAUAAACCUCCACUGUGAUGACAUCUUGAAUAACAAAAAGAAUGUUGUGGUUCCAUGGAUUACUGCAUGUUUUAAUACGUGUGCACGAGACCAUGUGAGGUGAUUCAUCCAGAAAAUCAUACAAACAGAACAUGAGAAUACUAAACACUUGCAUCGGGAUUCAUAAUUGUUAUUAUCGUUAUUACUUGUAAAUAUUGAAAUGCUCUGAUGUUCAGAAAACACGUCGCUGUCCUCAGACUGUCCAUCGCUGCAGCUCCUCUGCUCAGCCUCUGUCUGAAACAAUCAGUUUUAGCUCCAUCUUCUGCGGAGAAUUCAAACCAGAAUGUUUAUUACACAUGUGUUGCAUGUUACUUGGUUCGACUUCUAUUUGGUGAAAUUCAACUGAACUGCAGCAACAUCUUCUCGUCAAUCUCGAUUACCGAUCUCCAUCACUACAGCUCGACCCAAUUGCUUCUUCAAAGCUCUGAACAAUGAAUAAAAGUCAAACUUUGCAUAUAAACAAGCAGGUCGGUUGCUUAUCAUAAUAAAAGCCUGGAAAGAGGCGAUUAGAGAAAACAAGAGAAAAUAAUUGUGAGGCAUUCUUGUAAUCUGUAAAAACCUGUAUAACUUUUAGUCAUGUCAAUGUUUGGAAUAAAAACAUUAUUUUGUUAUAUAGUUUAUUAUUAUAUUAUUUUAUAAUAAAACAGUUUAAUAAUAUAUUAAUAUAAAAAGACUUGAAGGCAGUACGUCACAUGGGUUGAGGGACAAUGUCUAUUAACCUCUUAAGAGGCGGGUGAGAUUCGCCUAAAACGCCUGUCGCAGGAAUUUCAAAGUAAAAUGAAAGCUGUUCUUGAACCAUUUGGAGUACAUGCAUGGUCUUGGUCUCUUUUGAAAGGUAACAUUCUGAACCCCCCCCCUAACCCUAACCCCCCAAAAAAAGUCACAAUCACCCGAAGUGCUACUGGCAUUGAGUAAAAGCAGUUGGCACACAGUGAAGUAGAAGGUUUUUAUUUCCGCUUGAAUAUUUUUUAAUAAACAGAUGCCUGCAGAUGACUCUUGCUGGGACUUAUGAGCUGCAAAACACAAUGGGACCCUAGCAUGAAGCUUUGACUAGCCCAAGUUCAAAUUAUUUGAUAACAAUACCACAUAAAAUGUAUAUUUGACAGCUCUUUUCCUAAGAGCAUGUUUUCCACAAGGGCAUUUGGUGACUCCAAAGGACCCGUUUGUAACCAUGGUAACCAACCAUGCUAAAUAGGCUAACUUUACACUCAUACGUUUAUAUAAAAGAGAAAAAACAGCCACACAGUGAAACAACUCCUUUGAGUUCCUUUGGUGACCAGAGAGAUCCCAAACAUUGGCGCCAUCUUUAAUCAGCAGGCUAUUACCUUUGAGUUCCUUUGGUGACCAGAGAGAGCAAAGACAUUAGCGCCAUCUUUAAUCAGCAGGCUACUGCCUUUGAGUUCUUUUGGUGACCAGAGAGAUCAGAGGCAUUGGCACCAUCUUUAAUCAGCAGGCUACUUGACCACUGAAGAGACACUUCUCAGUCAGUUUAAUCAAACAGUGCAACAUGACAACAAGUCAAGACUGCUCUACAAGUCGGAAACCAGGAACACAACUCGAUCAGUCAACAGCUGAGAGAAUCAUGAGUCUAGAAGACAACCGCUCCAACAGCAACAUGGAGCCCAACUCAGUGAAUACAAUGGAGGACCUCCUACAACAAGUGAAAGGCUUAAAGUCAAGUAAUAUGAAGCUGUCGCUGGAGAACCAAGCUCUUCAGGAGGUACAGAGAGAACUAAAGUCCAAGCUGAAGACAAUGGACAUGAUGUUGAUCCUGAAGGAGGAUGUCGACAGGGAAAGAGAUAAAGUAAUCCAUACUUUCCAAAGUGAAAACACCGCGCUGGUCGAUAAGAAUGAUGAGCUCAUGGCCAAACUGAGGACCGCACAGAGUCAGAUCCGAGAUUGCAAGACUGCCUGUAACCUCAGAGUCGACUACCUCGAGGGUCUGAUAUGGAGGGGGCAGUCGGAGAAUUCCGUCUGCUCUAAAAGAACCAAGGAGCUGGAGAGCCUGGUUGAAGCCACAGAGAAGAAGUGGCUCAACGUGCAGGAGGACUUUCAAAAUAACGUUGAGCUCACGGAAAAACUGAGGGCCAUGCAGACUCGGAUCCAUCAGCUUGAGUCUGACUCGGACCUUAAAGUCAACACUCUGGAGGAUCAGCUCAGGAGUGAGCAGGUGGAGAAAGAGACCUGCCUUCAAAGAACCAAGGAGCUGGAGAGCCUGGUUGAAACCACAGAGAAAAAGUGGCUCAACAUGCAGGAGGACUCACCACAAAAAGUCCAGAAGAUGGAGGAGGAUAUUAAGCUCCUCAUCGUGAAGUCUAUUAAGCUUCAGGAGCUGGCCCUCAUGUCAGACAGCGACAAAGCCAGAAAAAGUGAGGAAGAAAGAAAAGUUCAGAAGAAGCAGGAGAAGACAGAGAAAGUACAACGAGAGAUGAAGCUGAAAGAGAGGGAAAAGCAGGAAAAGAAGAAGCAGCAGAGGAUAGCGAAAGAACUAAUAGAGAAGCUGAGAGGGAGGAAGAGCAUGAGAAGAUAAAAGCUAAGCUUCCCUGCUAAAUUUCUUAAACUAGAUUGCUAGUUUGAACUGUUUGGUCUCACCUUGAAUUGUAUGAGACAGGAGUUUGUUUAUUUAUUGAUUCUGUUUACUAUUCCUAGUUUCACUCAAGUGAUUGAGAGUUAAAAAAGGAACCAGCUAAGGUUAAAUUGCUUGAUUUUUAACUGCCAACAUUACUGCAACGACACUGUCCUGUAGAUUCAUGCUGUACAACAUCAGGAGGACACGCCCCCUUCUCACUCAGAAGGCGGGGCAGGUUCUUGUCCAGGCUCUGGUCAUCUCACGCCUCUCACUACAUCCAGGACAUGGUCAAACGUUACACCCCAGCACGUUCACUCCGCUCUGCUUCGACCAAUCGGCUCGUUGCUCCUUCACUGCUAAACACUCAUCAACAUCACGACUGUUGUCUGUCCUGGCUCCUUAAUGGUGGAACCAGCUACCUAUCGACAUCCGGACAUCAGAGAGUUUACACAUCUUCCGCCGCAAACUAAAAACACACCUCUUCCGUCUAUUGGAGAGGCGGUGGACUAGUGGCAGAAAAAUUGGACUAUGGGCAGAAAAUCUGUCUGGAUGGUCUCUGGUUCGACUAAAUGGAGUGACAACCCAAAAAAAAUACCUGGAUGGACAACACCUGGAUCUGUCCAAAAAAGUCCAAGAGGACUCUCCCUACCCACCCCUUGAGUGCCCCUGAGCAAUGCACCUUACUCCCCCAACAUCUGCACCCCGGGCGCCGUGCGUGGCUCUGUGUGUCCUGCUGUGUUCACCAAAUGGGUCAAAAGCAGAGGAAAAAUGUCUCCCUAUUUGCAUGAGUCUGUCUGUGUCUGGGAUUAAUAAAUGUAUCUUAUCUUAUAUCUUGAAUAAAAAAAAAAAAAUCUCUUCACUGAAGCGUGUUGUCUUCUGUGUCACACACACACACAGACACACACACACACACACACACACGCAUACAGGUUUUAAUUCAUCAGUUCCACUCAUCAAUUGUUGUUGGGUUCCUAUGAAUCUCUCUUUUUUCUGUUUGC